AUGCCAUUCACUUUGUCAAAAUCAAUUGUUAGUUUAUCACUCAGAGGCACACAAUUAAUAUUUUCAAUUAUUGUAUUAGCCUUAUGUGGUGAUUUUUUGAGCGAAAUUGGUUUCAACUAUGAUAGAGUUACUUAUGCUCUAGUUGUUUCGAUUUUAAAUUUAUUAUAUUUCGCUUACAUUUUAGUACUUGUUCCUUUUGUAUUCAAAAAAUUAACAUUUUCAAUUGGGAUAUUUGUUGCUGAAAUCAUAUUCUUUAUAUUUUAUUUAGCUGCUAUGGGUGCUAUUGCAGAUGUAAUGCCUACAGAUUGUGGAAGCUAUUAUUAUUCAUAUUAUGAGGAUUCAAGUUCAACAUGUAGAGUAUUUCAAGCUAUUUUACCAUUUACGUUAUUUAAUUGGUUAUUAUUUGGUGCUAGUUUGACCUUAUUUGUUAUUUAUUCAUUUGUUCCACAAAUAAGGUUUGCUGGUUUCAAAUCAACUUUAGCCAAAGAUGCUUUCGAAUUUGGGGGUAUUUAUUUAGUUGCUGCACCGGUUGCAAGUGCUACUAAAGAAGUAGAAGGUGAAGGUGAAAAUUCUCAAGAAGAACCUGCAGUUACUGAUGCCCCAGUUGUUGCUGGUGAUGAAGAAGCUAAUGUUGGUAUUCCUGCUUCUAGUGGAAGUGAAAUUGAUAAGGAGACUGAGACAACUACAACUAAAUAA